GGUCUAAUCGGGGGAGACGGACGGACAGAAACGAUAGCGAUAAAUAGAGUCGAGGUUAGGGAGUGUUUAGGGGGCGGAGAGCGCUGCGCUAAGCGCUCGGGAGAGCUCGACGCGACCAGAGCCGGCGGGAGGCCGGGUGGAGGUGUCGGCCCGGGCCGAGCGGAGCGUCGGGGCGCGGCCCGGCCCGGCCCCACGAAGACGUCGUCGGAGCUGGCCGGCGGCGGCGUCCGGGCCCUCCGGCCCCGCCGCGAGGGCCGGGGCGGCGUCGGCGUCAGGUCCCGGCCGUCCUACGUGGACGAGACCCUGUUCGGCGGCCCCCGCGGGGCCCGCCCGCCGCCGCCCGAGUUCGACCCGCCGUGGGCGGAGCGGGCCCGGGCCGGGAAGGCCGCCGUGCGGACGCCCGCGCUCGACGGGGCCGGCCGGGGGUCGGGAGCCGCCCCGUGCCGGGCCGGCAGCCCCUCCUGCGCCCCCAGGAGAAAGGACAAGUACAGGCUCGUCGCCCACGCCCCGUCCUACUGCGACGAGACCCUCUUCGGACCCCGCCCGGAGGGCCCCGGCCGGGAGGCCCCGCGGAUGACCGGAGGGGCGGCCGCGAAGCUUCGGCCCCUCCUCCGGACCCCGCCCUCCGCCCCGCGCCCCAGGGAGCCCCCCCGUGCGGGCCGUCCACCCCGCGGGAACCCCCGGGGCCGGCCGGGCCGGGAAGGCCGAGGCGGGGGAGCGUCCGGUCCCCCACCCCUCUGCCCACCCCCGCCCGCCCCCCUCGCCCACGCGGGCGGCAACAUCCGCACGCCCGGCCCGCCGCCGUGA